AUGGAUGAUUUCGUAAGAAACAAACUGGUUGAAUGGGGGCUAAGUGAGUGGGUGGAGAAAUUUAAAGAUGAACAAAUCGAUUCUGAAAGUCUGUGUGAGCUUGAUGAUCGAGAAAUUGAGAAUUUGAUCACAAAAGCUGGACCAAGAGUGAAAUUCAAGAAGAACCUCAAGCUGUUAAAGCUUGAACAGGAGCAUGAAGAAGCAGCUGGUCUGGUUCAGUGUGAACAGGAGCAUGAAGAAGUAGCUGAUGUGGUUCAGGUCUUGCCAUCCACAAGUGAUACAGGAAAGAGAAAAUCAGACCUUCGAAGUGAUGCCAGCAGGUUGCAGUCACCAGCUAAGCGACAGCAUUUUACAUUUUCUGAAUCAAUCAUACUGUCUGAUGUGAAAAGCAUCAUGACAUUUGUACAUGCCAGACUAAAUGACCAAGACAAACUCAGUGCUUUCUUGAAGAAAAAGAUCAGUGAUUUGGAGACAGACAAGAGGGAGCUGGUUGGUGUCUUUGGUAAAACUGGGGCUGGAAAGAGCUCUUUGAUAAAUGCCAUCAUCAAAGAGAAGAAUCUUUUACCCUCAGGAACUAUCAAUGCAUGCACCUCAGUCAUGAUAAAACUGGAAGCUAAAACACACAGCUCAAAGUAUGAAGCAGAAAUUGAGUUCAUCACAAAGGAGGAGUGGAAAGAUGAGUUGUGGUCAUUUCGUCAGCUUCUUGACAAUAAUAAAAAUCAGGAAAAGGAAGACGAUGAUUAUCAUGAUGCUGUUGAAAAGCUGUCGGCACUGUAUGGAGAAGAAUGGAAAAAGUCUUCUGAAAACCUCAUGGAGAACAAAUAUUUCAAAGAAAUUCCAGAAUUUCUCCAAUCCAGGCGGAAGAUUUUGACAUGUGAAUCAGUUAAUGAACUUUCUGCACAAUUUGUCAAGUACACAAGAAGUGAGUCAAAACAAGGAGAAGGUAAUGAAGGAAAAAAGUGGUUUUGGCCACUAGUGAAGUGUGUGACUGUCAGGGUGCCAAACAAUCCUUUUCUCCAGCAUGUCACACUUGUGGACCUUCCUGGAAAUGGUGACUGUAACAAGAGCAGAGAUCAGAUGUGGAAAGGGAUAGUUGGAGAUUGUUCUACUGUGUGGAUUGUGACUGAAAUUAACCGAGCAGCAUCAGAGAAAGAGGCCUGGGAGAUCCUGGAAAGUGUCAGUAGUCUGAUUGGAAAUGGUGGCGAAUGUCAGCAAAUUCAUUUUAUUUGCACCAAGUCUGAUCUUCUUGAUGAUUCAGAUGAUCUUUCACGAGCUCAUAUCCAUGAUCGAAUAGUUAAAAGAAACAUGCAAGCCAAGGAUGGGGUAAGGAAGGCAUUCAACAAGCGAACCAAGAUUAAUAAACACUUCACUGAUGACAGUUUCAAAGUGUUCACAGUGAGCUCCAGAGAGUUCCUAAAAGGGAAGUAUCUCAGUCCGGAAGAAACUGAAAUAACCAAACUUCAGGGAUUUUUGCAAGAUCUCAAUGACUGUCACUCAGAGACGGUAAACUAUGUGAGUGGAGCUUAUGGGAUUCUGUCUUUGAUUCAAGGAGCCAACUCCAGAGGAGUGGUAAGUAAAAAAGGCGAGGUGUUUGCAGAACUUGAGAGAAUCGUGAACCUCCAACUUGAAAAUAUCCGAAAAGAAAUGGAAGAGACCUAUACGGCUUUUGAAAAAUGUCUUAGUGAUGGCGUUGAGAAAUCCAAAGGUUCAUAUGGAGAAAAACUCAAGAUCUUCUUGUAUCGUGGAAGGAACAGUGGUUUUUGCAGGGUACUGAAGUGUGUUGUUGAGAAUGGUGGUGUCCACAAACCAAAGAACGGGACCCUAAUAAACCUUAACAUGAAGCUGGCUUCAUGUCUGACUGACAGCAUUGAUGAAGAAUUCAGAAAGACCUUCCCAAAUGACUCAGAACGUGGAGCAUUCAACGGAGUCAUCAAUGAAUUUUCUCUUAACACUGAUUUUCUGAUUGAAAAGUACAAAAAUGCUGAACUGCAGUUCAGGUUUCUCAAGACAGAGGAAGAAAAAAUUAAGGCAAAACUGAGCAGAAUGAUGCGGAAACAGAAGAAAAGAGUCUACAGCAGUCUGACAGAGACAAUUGAAGACAUUAUGGAAGAAGGCUACAAGAAGGCUGCAGAAUUUGAAGGAGAAGGCAUGCUGUACUGCAUGAGGGAGACUAUUAAGAACCAUGUGCACUCGAAGAAGGACAUGUUUGAGCAGGCAAAAAAUACCAUGUUGGAGAAGUUGCACGAUUUGAUGGUAAACAUCCUGGAGAUUCUGGAGAAAAUUAUGAAGGAAUCCAUUGAACGUUCAUUCAACACUGAUGGGGGCUUACUCCCAGAUGUUUCAACAGAGCUUGAGAUGGUGAAGAAAUAUUGUGAUCAACUUGCAGCCACUCCAGACGAUGAAACAUCACUGGAUUUGCUGACUGGGUAG